AUGGCUAAAGGCUCCAGACGGGAGGCUGACCUUAUUGGCCGUUCAGGAACAGGGAGGUGUGGAGAAAAGCCUGAAAAACCAAACAAACUUCCCUUCAGCCCAGCAGACGAACAGACCCAACGCACACAGCUCGUCUCCACCUUUUUCUACGGGAAAACAAGAACCAAACCCUGCGGUCAAAAUGUCUGCGGCCAAGCGUGCCAAAGGAAAGACCACAAAGAAGCGCCCGCAGAGGGCCACUUCCAACGUCUUCGCCAUGUUCGACCAAUCACAGAUCCAGGAGUUCAAGGAGGCCUUUAAUAUGAUCGAUCAGAACAGAGACGGCUUCAUCGAUAAGGAGGAUCUACAUGACAUGUUGGCCUCUCUUGGGAAGGACCCGUCUGACGAGUACCUGGAGGGGAUGAUGAGUGAAGCUCCAGGCCCCAUCAACUUCACUAUGUUCCUCACCAUGUUUGGAGAACGUCUGAACGGAACGGACCCUGAAGACGUCAUUCGAAACGCCUUCACCUGCUUCGAUGAAGAUGCUUCUGGUUUCAUACAUGAGGAUCAUCUUCGAGAGCUGCUGACCACCAUGGGCGAUCGUUUCACAGAUGAAGAAGUGGACGAGCUCUUCCGCGAGGCGCCAAUCGACAAGAAAGGAAACUUCAACUACGUAGAGUUCACUCGCAUCCUCAAACACGGCGCCAAAGACAAGGAUGACAUAUAAAAUCACCUGUGUAAGUUAUAAGACUGAAUCUACAGAAGACGAAAACAGUCCUUAACAUGAAGAUAAAGAUAUUAAGUUAUCAAGAAGAUAUCAAAAAGCCUAAUCUCCACAAUAUUGUUUUUUUCUGAACUUAUCUAUUGAGAAUAAAGUUUGUACAUUUCAGAAUAA